AUGGUUCACCAGGACCCAAGCAGGGCAGGGCCCCCACAGCAUGGUUCACCAGGUCCCAAGCAGGGCCCCCCACAGCAUGGUUCACCAGGUCCCAAGCAGGGGCCCCCACAGCAUGGUUCACCAGGUCCCAAGCACACCAAAAGGACCCUCAACACGCAUGUUCACCAGGUUGACCCAAGGUCCCAAGCUGGGCCCCCACAGCAUGCAGAAUCAUCAGGUCCCAAGCUCAUUACAGCAUGGUUCACCAGGUCCCAAGCAGGGCCCCACAGCAUGAUUCACCAGGUCCCAAGCAGGGCCCCCCAACACUUAUUCACCAGGUAUAACCAGGUCCCAGCAGGGGCCAAGAGUGAUGAUUCACCAGGUCCCAAGCAGGGCCCCCACAGCAUGGCUCACCAGGUCCCAAGCAGGGCUCCCCACAGCAUGGCUCACCAGGUCCCAAGCAGGGCCCCCCACAGCAUGGCUCACCAGGUCCCAAGCACACCAAAAGACCCUCAACACGGUUCGUUGACCCAAAACACGGCAGAAUCAUCAGCCCAACUCAUAAAAAGACGGUUCACAUUAUGUGAUAUACCAAAGGAUUUUUGCACAGUCCAACAGCCAAAUUUAUACUUAACACAAUGCAAGUUGUGGCUUGAAUAA